CGCUCCAGCCGCCGCUCCGGCGCAGAGCUGCGCGCCGCGGGACCCGCGGCCGAGCGCGGCGACGGCGAGCGCUACGCGGGCCCCGCUCGAUCCCCGGGCGCCCCGCCUCCAGGGCAGCCCCUGCUGCCAGCCGCCCCGCGUUCCCCGGGACCCCAGAGAGGCGCGGCCCCCGGCAGCCCCCGGCCGCGGCUCGGGGUCCCCGCACCCGAACCGACACUCGGGCAGCGCCGGACGAGCGCGGGGAGCCGCAGCUCCAGCGCGGGGCCUCGUGGGGCGCAGACCGGCGGAGCCUGUGGCCGGCGCGAAGGGAAGGAAUAACUUCUGACCUGCCUGCUCUAAUGAGAAGAAUCUUCCGGCUUCCAAUACAGGGUGGCUGUAGGAGGAAGAGAGGAGAAUAAAUGAAGAGAAAGAACUGGAAUAGCUCCUUCCAUCAGGAAAGGGAAGUAAGCUUGGCGGCAGACCCCCAGGCUCACAAAGCGGCAGCCCUGCCUGGGAGCGGGGUGGGGCCCUGAAGAUGCCCCAUGGCUGCUGAGGAGGCUGCCCGCUCAGGGAGCCGCGGGGCGGGCAUGGUGUGCGGUCUGUGGGCCCUGCUGCUGCUGUCCUCAGUUCUGGCUCUGGAAGAGAUAUUGCUGGACACCACUGGAGAGACAUCUGAGAUUGGCUGGCUCACCUACCCCCCAGGUGGGUGGGAUGAAGUCAGUGUUCUGGACGACCAGCGUCGCCUGACUCGGACCUUCGAGGCAUGCCACGUGGCAGGGGCCCCCCCAGGCGCCGGGCAGGACAACUGGCUGCAGACACACUUCGUGGAGCGGGGAGGGGCGCAGAGGGCGCACAUCCGCCUCCACUUCUCGGUGCGGGCCUGCUCCAGCCUGGGCGUGGCCGGCGGCGCCUGCCGGGAGACCUUCACCCUCUACUACCGCCAGGCGGAGGAGCCCGACGGCCCCGACGGCCUCUCCGACUGGCACCGCAAGCGCUGGACCAAGGUGGACACGAUUGCCGCGGACGAGAGCUUCCCCGCGUCCUCGGCGUGGGCCGUGGGCCCGCGUGGCGCCGGGCAGCGGGCCGGGCUGCGGCUGAACGUCAAGGAGCGCAGCUUCGGCCCCCUCACCCAGCGCGGCUUCUACGUGGCCUUCCAGGACACGGGCGCCUGCCUGGCCCUCGUGGCCGUUAAGCUCUUCGCCUACGCCUGCCCCUCCGUGCUCCGCGCCUUCGCCGCCUUUGCCGAGACGCAGGCCAGUGGGGCGGGCGGGGCCUCCCUGGUGGCAGCCGUGGGCGCCUGUGUGGCUCACGCAGAGCCAGACGAGGAUGGAGGGGGCGGCCAGGCGGGCGGCAGCCCCCCCAGGCUGCACUGCAACGGGGAAGGCAAGUGGAUGGUGGCCGUCGGGGGCUGCCGCUGCCAGCCGGGCCAUCAGCCUGUGCGCGGAGACAAGGCCUGCCAAGCCUGUCCCAGGGGCACCUACAAGGCCUUGGCUGGGAAUGGUCCCUGCUCACUGUGCCCUGCCCGCAGCCAUACCCCCGACCCGGCAGCGCCUGUGUGCCCCUGCCUGGAUGGCUUCUACCGGGCCAGUUCCGACCCCCCAGAAGCCCCCUGCACUGGCCCUCCAUCUGCACCCCGGGAGCUUUGGUUCGAGGUGCAAGGCUCCGCUCUCAUGCUGCACUGGCGCCUCCCUCAGGAGCUGGGGGGGCGAGGGGACCUGCUCUUCAACGUCGUGUGCAAGGAGUGCAGAGGCCACCAGGAGCCUGGCAGCGGGGGCGCUUGUCGCCGCUGCAGGGAUGAGGUCCACUUUGACCCCCGCCAGAGGGGCCUGACUGAGAGCCGAGUGUUAGUCGGGGGGCUCCGGGCACACGUGCCCUACAUCUUGGAGGUGCAGGCUGUCAACGGGGUGUCAGAGCUCAGCCCGGACCCUCCCCAGGCUGCAACCAUCAAUGUCAGCACUAGCCACGCAGUUCCCUCUGCAGUCCCUGUGGUACACCAAGUGAGCCGGGCAUCCAACAGCCUCACGGUGUCCUGGCCACAGCCAGACCAGACCAACGGGAACAUCCUGGACUAUCAGCUCCGCUACUGUGACCAGGCACAAGAUGAAUCCCAUUCCUUCACCCUGACCAUCGAGACCAACACGGCCACCGUGACGCAGCUGAGCCCCGGCCACAUCUAUGGCUUCCAGGUCCGGGCGCGGACUGCCGCAGGCCACGGCCCCUUUGGGGGCAAGGUCUAUUUCCAGACACUGCCUCAAGGUGAGCUGUCUGCCCGGCUUCCAGAGAGACUGUCCUUGGUGAUCGGCUCUAUCCUGGGAGCCCUGGCCUUCCUCCUGCUGGCAGCCAUCACUGUGCUGGCUGUUGUCUUCCAGAGGAAGCGGCGUGGGACAGGCUACACAGAGCAACUACAGCAGUACAGCAGUCCAGGUCUUGGGGUGAAGUAUUACAUUGACCCCUCCACAUACGAGGACCCCUGCCAGGCCAUCCGAGAAUUUGCCCGGGAGGUUGAUCCUGCAUAUAUCAAGAUCGAGGAGGUCAUUGGGGCAGCUACACCUAUUCUCCCAGGCUCCUUCGGAGAAGUUCGCCGGGGCCGCCUGCAGCCCCGGGGACGGCGGGAACAGGCUGUGGCCAUCCAGGCCCUGUGGGCCGGUGGUGCCGAGAGCCUGCAGACGACCUUUCUCGGUCAGGCUGCCGUGCUGGGCCAGUUCCAGCACCCCAACGUCCUGCGGCUGGAAGGCGUGGUCACCAAGAGCCGGCCCCUCAUGGUGCUAACGGAACUCAUGGAGCUGGGCCCCCUGGACAGCUUCCUCAGGCAGCGGGAGGGCCAGUUCAGCAGUCUGCAGCUGGUGGCCAUGCAGCGGGGAGUGGCUGCCGCCAUGCAGUACCUGUCCAGCUUUGCCUUCGUCCACCGAGCACUCUCUGCCCGCAGUGUGCUGGUGAAUAGUCAUCUAGUGUGCAAAGUGGCCCGUCUUGGCCACAGUCCUCAGGGCCCAAGUUGUUUGCUUCGCUGGGCAGCCCCAGAGGUCAUUGCACAUGGAAAGCAUACCACAGCCAGUGAUGUCUGGAGCUUCGGGAUAGUGAUGUGGGAAGUGAUGAGUUAUGGAGAACGGCCCUACUGGGACAUGAGCGAUCAGGAGGUACUAAAUGCCAUAGAACAGGAGUUCCGUCUGCCGCCACCUCCAGGCUGUCCUCCUGGACUACAUCUGCUUAUGCUGGACACCUGGCAGAAGGACCGGACCCGGCGGCCUCAUUUUGACCAACUGGUGGCUGCAUUUGACAAGAUGAUUCGCAAACCAGACACUCUGCAGGCUGGCGGGGGCCCUGGGGACAGGCCUUCCCAGGCCCUUCUGACCCCUGUGGCCCUGGACUUUCCUUCUCUGGACUCACCCCAGGCCUGGCUUUCGGCCAUUGGACUAGAGUGCUACCAGGACAGCUUCUCCAAGUUUGGCCUCUGCACCUUCAGUGAUGUGGUUCAGCUCAGCCUGGAAGACCUGCCUGCUCUGGGCGUCACCCUGGCUGGCCACCAGAAGAAGCUGCUGCACAACGUCCAGCUCCUACAGCAGCACCUGAGGCAGCCGGGCCCAGUGGAGGUGUGAAGCCUAGGCAGGGAGCCCUGGACUGACUGUGCCCGUGGCCAGCCGUGGACGCAGGCCCAAGGGGGACAUGGGAGGCGCGUGCAAGUCUCCUUGGCCUCUGUGAGAGUUGCCUGCCACGCUAAAGCCGACCGACCCCCUGGACGCUUCGCUCCCCAGCCCUCCGCCCCUCCACCGCCUCCCCCCACAUUAAAGGGAAAAAAGUGAUUCUGCAA